AUGCCGGUUCGAAGACACUACAGGGGCAGAAUUUACCCCGAAACCAGCCAGGCAGCCCGCAAACGCAUGGUGUUGUGCACAAUCAAGCAAAUAGCGAGAGUAAUUGUUCCGAUGCGUUUGAUCGGCCAAAUCCCAACCGGCGGGGUAACCCCGACUUCGUUGCAAUCAGUCAGCAGUCCUGGCCAGCUUCUUUCAUCCAUGGCUUCACACACAUCUUCAGCGUUCUGGAGGUUCAUGAAUUCGCCCACGGGCCCGCGCACAGUCCACUUCUGGGCGCCGGUCAUGAAAUGGUCGCUGGUUAUUGCUGGCGCCAAGGACCUCAAUCGCCCUGUGGAGAAAGUGUCAGGAACUCAACAAAUCGCUCUCACGGCCACUGGUCUCAUUUGGACCCGCUGGUGCAUGAUUAUCAAGCCCCGCAACUACUUGCUUGCUUCAGUGAACUUUUUCUUGGGCUGCGUGGCUGGGUUCCAGCUCAUCCGCGUCUACAAUUGGAACCGCAGCCUCGGGUACUCGUUCAGCGAGACGGUCCAAAACAUGUUUUCGCCUCCUGAAACCCCCAGAGAGAUUGCAAUUGACGCAGCAGUUGAAGCACCCAAAUAA